AUGAUGAAAAUACGAUCUUGCUUGGCUCUCUCACGUCGUUUUCAAUCAACAUCAUCUGCACUAUCUCGAAAUCAUCUAACUAAUGACGAGAUUCGUGCACAUCGACUUCGAAUAUUUAAUAAUGAAAAACAAGUACAAAUCGAACGAAUUCGUCGUGUUGAAAAAAUCGAAAUCGACGUUCAAGAUCCCAUUCAAUCAACAAAAUUACUAAUGAACAAAAAUCUUUCAACGCCUCUUCAUUGUGCACGACAUUUAUCGUCUGUCUUAGUUGAUCGAUCAUGUUUAGCUUUAAUCGACGAUCAACACAUAUGGGAUAUGAACCGACCAUUAGAACGUGACUGUACACUGAAGUUUCUUCACUUUAUGGAAGAAAACUGUGAAGAGCAAAACCGUGCUUAUUGGAGAACUUGCUCGUUCAUUAUCGGCUAUAUUCUUGAAACAGCAUUCAAAUCCACGUAUCAUGUCGAGCUUUGCUCAUUUCCACCACCGCAUUUCCAAGCUGGAUCGUUUGCUUAUGAUGCUCAACUUAAUAUCGGAGAUUGGAAGCCAACUCGUGAUGAUCUUCGAUGUUUAUCUGUUCAAGCAUAUAAACUACGCGAUCGUGAUCUUCGCUUCGAACGCUUGGAUGUAACACAAUCGGUUGCAGAAGAAAUGUUUGCAUAUGAUCGAUUUAAACUUGCACAAAUUCCACAUAUGCUUCGUUUGGUAACGCCAACUGAUACUCAACCGCGUUUAUCUGUUUAUCGAAUGGGUGACUGUCAUGUUGAUAUAACACGUGGGCCAUUGAUAUCAUCGACGAAACAAAUUGGAAGAUUUGAAUUUAGUGCAAUCCAUUCGAUUGAUGUUCCGUCAUACAAUGAAACCAUGCAUCGUGUUCAAGCCCUUUCAAUCCCAGCGCAACUUCAUCUACACUAUUGGACAUUUGAUUAUUUGCUCGAAAGAGCGAAAAAGAAAAAUAACGCAUCUGUUCCAACAUUAGGCAAAGCUAAGACAGCCGAAAAAUUAGAAUAG